UCAUUUGUUGAGAGAUUAACCUGUGUUAUGGUUACAACUUGGGAAUUCAUAAUCACAACUGGUUCAAAUCUGGCUUCAUUCAAAUAACUGUAAAUCUUAUUCAUUUUUCAAGCCCUCGUAACACAACAAUAUGGUAGCCUCUCCAGAUAACAAUGCGGCUGAUGGAAGAAGUGAAGAACAAAAGGCGAUAGACGAAUGGCUUCCCAUUACUUCUUCUAGGAACGCAAAAUGGUGGUAUUCAGCAUUCCACAAUGUUACUGCUAUGGUUGGAGCUGGUGUCCUCGGUCUUCCUUAUGCCAUGUCAGAGCUCGGAUGGGGACCUGGUGUAACAGUGAUGUUGGUAUCUUGGGUUAUAACUUUAUACACACUAUGGCAAAUGGUUGAGAUGCACGAAAUGGUUCCAGGGAAACGUUUCGAUAGAUAUCAUGAAUUGGGGCAGCAUGUUUUUGGUAACAAGCUCGGCCUAUGGAUAGUGGUGCCUCAGCAACUUGUUGUUGAAGUUGGCCUUGACAUUGUUUAUAUGGUGACUGGAGGAAAAUCAUUCCAGAAAAUCCAUGAUUUAGUAUGCAAAGACAAUUGCAAAGAUAUCAAACUCACCUAUUACAUCAUGAUAUUUGCUUCUGUCCAUUUUGUGCUCUCUCAUCUUCCCAACUUCAAUGCCAUAUCUGGUGUGUCUUUGGUAGCAGCUAUCAUGUCCUUAAGUUACUGCACAAUUGCAUGGGGGGCUUCAAUUGAUAAGGGUGUGCAACCAGAUGUGGAAUAUGAAUACAGGGCUGAAAACACAGGGGAAGGUAUUUUCAACUUUUUCAGUGGAUUGGGAGAAGUGGCAUUUGCAUAUGCAGGUCAUAAUGUUGUGUUAGAAAUUCAAGCUACAAUCCCUUCAACACCUGAGAAACCUUCUAAAGGACCUAUGUGGAAAGGAGUUCUUGUUGCUUACAUUAUUGUGGCUCUUUGUUACUUCCCUGUUGCUAUUAUUGGCUAUUGGAUAUUUGGGAAUUCAGUAUCAGACAACAUUCUUAUCUCUUUGGAGAAACCUACUUGGCUUAUUGUCUUGGCUAAUGCCUUUGUUGUUAUCCACAUUAUUGGGAGCUAUCAGUUGUAUGCAAUUCCGGUGUUUGACAUGCUUGAGACUUACCUUGUUAAGAAACUUAAGUUCAAGCCAAGUUGGUACUUGCGAUUUAUGACCAGAAACCUUUAUGUUGCUUUCACAAUGUUUGUUGGAAUCAUCUUCCCUUUCUUUGGGGGGCUUCUUGGUUUCUUUGGAGGAUUUGCUUUUGCCCCAACAACCUAUUUUCUCCCUUGCAUCAUGUGGCUUUCAAUCUACAAACCAAAGAAAUGGGGUCUCUCAUGGACUACUAACUGGAUUUGCAUAAUAGUGGGAGUAAUGUUGACUGUUUUAGCACCAAUUGGUGGCUUAAGAACCAUCAUUAUACAAGCCAAGGAUUACAAAUUUUUCUCUUAGGCAUCUCUCGUCUGGCACACAGCUUCGGAGAAAUGGGUGACAAUUGGAGGUCUCAUUUAUGUUUCUAUGUGUGUUAAAUCACAAAGAUACUUGGUCUGUGUUUUGGGCUUGUACUAGUUUCAGUAUACAUUUAUUUUCGUGUUGCUUCUUGUGUAAUGUAACUAUAAUUAAUGUUAUAUUACUGUCAGGAGUAUUAUCAAAGUGGCAUUUAGCACUUUA